CUCUAACUGCAAAAGUCACAUUCUCCAAUUUUUUUCGAAAUUGACUUUUGGGUAUAUUCUAAUUAUAUUCAUAGCUUUGCACAUAUUGAUCUAAGAGUUUUAAAGCAAAACUAACAGUAUCCCACUUUAUUUUAACGGUGAAAAUUACGUUUGUUUUCAAAACUCACAUUCUCCAAAGUCUUUGAAUGCAAAAUUCACAUUCUCCAUUUCAGCCAAUAGGAAGGCUUGUUUGAGUCACGUGACACUGCACCCUGUAUCGUCUGUUUUGCUAAUGUUUUGUAAGUAGGAAGUCAGUGUAGUGGUGUACUGUUUCUGUUUUAUGCGUUAAAUAGCUUAAAAAUGGAUAUUAGUGUAAGACCAAGUGAUAAAAGUAAAGGAGAAACACCCAGGAAGAAGGUUCGAGCACCAAACCACUGGAAAAGAGCCCAGGCAAAAAAGAAAAGAUAUGCUCCGAAGGGUUUUCCGGAUUUUCCUACGUGUAACCACACCAAAGGCGCCCUACUUUGCCGAUCAUUGACAGCCCAGGACAUAAGAAGAUUUCAUUCUGCUUUUUAUAAGGAACAUGAUAAAAUAUACCAAGACAACUUUGUUCUAAAGCAUAUAACAAUGAACGUGAUAAAGCGAAGAAGACCCAAAAACCAAAAAAAUAUUAAAAAACAAGCUAGAGCAAAAUAUUUCAUAACAAACCGUGAGAAGAAAAUGGUUCCGGUGUGUUUGGGUACUUUUCUGAGGGCCUUAAAUAUUUCCAGAUUUAGAAUUAAUAAAAUUGCUGACCGGUUUUAUUACAAACAUGAAAUGCCGAAGGAGAGGAGAGGCGGUGACACUACUGGUAACAGAUUUGUGGCUAAAAAAGAAAGUAUUAUGACGUUUAUUAAUAGUUUAAAGUGCAGUGAAACUCAUUACUGUACAAACAGAAGUGGCCGGAAAUAUUUGCCUGCAGAACUAAAUAUAAAGAAGCUCUGGCGAAUGUAUCAGACCAAUGCGGAAGAUCACCUUAAAGUGAAAGACAGUUAUUUUAGAUAUAUUUUUAAUAGAAAAUACAACUUGGGAUUCGGAUCACCUAGGGUGGACGUAUGUUCUACUUGCCUAGAAUUGGCAGAAAAAAUAAAGUCGACAAAGAGUGAUGCCGAGCGAAACAUGCUUCUUGUUGAGAAACGGGUCCACAAGCUACGAUCACAAGCAUUUUACGGUUUGUUACAAGAAGACCGUGAAGAUCUCCUAAUAUUAUCUUUCGAUUGCCAAAAAAAUCAACCUCUACCUAAACUUCCGGAUCAGUCCUCCUACUACACCCGUCAGCUAUAUUUAAAUAAUUUUUGUGUUGUAAAGGGCCAUUCAAAAUCCAAACUUGACAAAGAUAAUGUAACAGCUUACACGUGGACAGAGAAUGAGUUUUCUAAGGGAUCCAAUGAGAUUUCAUCCUGUUUAUAUGACACUUUGAAUUCUAUUGAUCUGACCCCCUACAUGACUGUUCGACUUAUUAGCGACGGGUGUGGGGGUCAAAAUAAAAAUUCAAUUUUAAUCACUAUGGUGUGCUCAUGGUUUGUCAAUGCACCUGAUAACAUCAAGGAGGUACAGUUAGUUUUCCCAAUGACAGGUCAUAGUUUUAUCCCCCCAGAUAGGGUGUUUGGCAAUGUCGAGAAGGAGAUAAAGCGAUGUGAAGUAAUUGUAAGCCCACAGGAGUACAUUGACAUCAUAGGAAAUUUUGCUACAGUGAAAAAACUUGGCGUUGAUACUGUGAACCUUGAUUGGAAAUCUGAGGUGGAGCAACACAUACGCAAGACAAGUACAUGGCAUUUUGGUAUCCAGUCUUGUAGGCGGGUCUACUUUACUAAGGAGAGUAAUGGUAACAAUGAAACGGUUUUGGUACAAGGAGAAUGUACCUAUCGCCUAAAAGCAAAUCCUGAACAAGCAGCAAGAAGUAUAGUAAAAAGAGGGAGAAGCCUUAACAACAUAAGACCAGUGACUAUUGUUAAAGCAAUGGACGAUGAAGAAAUAGCGGAGCUAUUACGAGCAGAAAUAACGGACGAGCAGGCUAUUUUCUCCGAUGAAUUUUCCCUGACUCUGGUGCAGAGGAUGAUUUACCUUUACAAGGGGACUCCGCUUCGGUUUCUUCUACCAGAAAAAGAAGAGGACCACCACCUGCCCCAGGGUACAGCCGAAAAAGGAGUAAUCCGAACCGACAAGGACCUGUUCAGAACACUGUACGCCUGA